AUGCGCAUCAUCCCGCAAGGCCGCCCCUUCAUCUCCCACCUCCUCUCCCUUGCAUCCUCCGCCCACGCUCUAGAGGACAUCAUAUCCAUAACUGACUCGUGCCGCAACGAGCUCAGUCUAUGGAUAUCCUUCCUCAAACAAUGGAACGGCUUAUCUUUCUUCUACAGCAACCUGAUUUCUUCCCCAAUCGAUAUCCAAUUAUAUACCGACGCUGCCCCCUCCGUCGGGUUCGGAGGUUUUUUCAGAGGCCGCUGGUUCGCUUCCACAUGGCCCCCCCAGCUGGCACAUUUGCCACAGCAGCUUUCAUCCUCAGCGCUAUUCGAGCUUUAUCCGUUAGUGGCCGCAGCCUCCCUAUGGGGCAAAGAGUGGUCCGCCACCAGCAUCAUCGUCCACUGCGAUAACGAAGCUACCGUGCACUGCAUUAACAAAGAAAUUCAGAUUGCUGGCACCAGAGGCGGACCCGCUCCCAACCCCAGUUCCUCCUUAUUCAGAACUGAUAUUCCCAUGAACCACCCUCUGAGACCUCUCCUCGAAGCGUCCAUUAAUUCCAUUCUUCAAGCUGUCUCCCCCAGGACACUCCAAUCCUACCUUACAGCAUGGAAAUGUUUUAAAAUAUUCCACUCUGCCUAUAGUUUACCCUUCCCUGAUUUUUCCCUGCUCGCCGUCACCUCAUUUAUCUCCCAUCUCAACACCAAUAAAAACCUCCAAGCCAGCUCCAUUAAAGGAUACCUAAGCGGAAUCCAGUUUUUCCACAAACUGUUAUAUGGCUCGCCUUCACCCCAUAUAACCAAUUCACAGACCUCCCUUCUCAUCAAAGGUAUCCAAAAAACCCAGCCCAACCGCCCAGACCCCAGACAACCUAUCACUUUAAAAAUUUUGACCAAAUGCAUCUCUACCCUCCGUAAAGGUUACCAUUCCAUCCAUACUGCCCGCACAUUAGACGCCAUGUUUAUCCUGGCUUUCUUCGGUUUCCUCAGAUGCUCUGAGCUCGCCAUUACAUCUUGCUUCAACCCAGCUAUCCACCCAACUAUCUCCGAUCUAGCAGUGCUAGACGGUGAAACCAUCUCUUACUUCAUAAAACAAAGUAAGACAGACCAAACAAAGAAAGGCCAUUUUAUUUAUAUUUUUAACCUCCGAUCGCCCAUCCAACCAUUCCAAACCCUCCUAGCUUUCCUCCAGCUCAGGAAAUCCAAACUCCCUUCCGACCCCCUUUUUACAGACGACUUCAACCGCCCCGCCACUCGCUUCUGGUUCCAAAAGCACCUUAAGUCUGUCUUGCUUCUCUCUGGUACCCCAGCCGACAACUUUUCCAGCCAUUCGUUCCGAAUAGGCGCAGCAACCACAGCCGCCCAAAAAGGCCUCUCCCAACAGCAGAUCCAAGCACUUGGUCGCUGGUCAUCAGAAGCUUUUAAGAGCUAUAUCCGAUCAGAUCGCUCCCUCAUCAAGGAAGCCCACCAAACCCUAGUCGGCCAAUCCAUUUAACGCCAGCCGUCCACUUGAUCUCUAGCCACCCCUUCCAAUUUCCCUUCCGCAACGGCUCA